CCUCUAUGUCAUGAAUGAUACAAUAACAAGAUGGCUGCCUCCAUGAUGACAUUGAUUUCUCACGACCCCAUUGUGUGCUAUUUAUGUGAAGAUUCCACACUUAACUAAAUCGGAAAAAUAUGUUCGUACAAAGCUUUGACCUCAGGCUUCUGUAUAAUCAGGAAAUAAGAGAUUUUGGUUGAUUUCUUUGAAUUCUGAUUGAACAGUUAUUGGCAACGGUACCGGGUCAGUAGGAUCUUUUCAUCCAGCUCCCCACUGACACAUUUUAUAUGGAGAUGGUCACCGCUAUCAACAAAGGGUUUUGUUGUGGAAACGUUCAUUAGAUGACACCGACAAUAAUUCAAACUUGAUUUUACAAAAGUGAACUGUGAAACAACAAGGUUAUACACAUACAUGUAAUGUUGAUCACAACCAUUCUCUGACUCUGUUAAUUAAUGCUUUACCUUGUUAUCUUUGAGUAGAGAAUGGUCCACAGUGUCUUGCCGACUUUCAAGACUUGUUUGUGAUUUGCACUUCUUUGCUUAACCAUCACUGAUUUAAAACACACUUAUCUAUCCUCAGAAAUUCAGUCUCUAAUCUCAGAUUGAUUGCAUCGAAUUUGAAGUGACAUUCAAUUUCAACUAAGAAUUUGGCUGAACUCAAAAAAGCAAGACUGUCUGUGUUUGCAGUUACUGUUUAUUUUGGAUACAUUCUCACUGCAUCACCAUGGCAGUGAAUAAAAAAUCGAAGGAUAACAGUGCAGGAACAACCAAUGCUAAUAGUGUAUCCCAGAAGACAUCUAUUAGCAGUUGGGUUCGGAACCGGCCUACGGCCCACCCGGCCUCGGUGUGCGCCGGGUCUGCCAUCGGGGUACAUUACCGUGCAAACGUUGGAUCGUGUCAGCAAAGGCUACUCAGCGAGAUCAAGUGUUGUCUAUACAGCCGAGUUGCUCCUUCAGGCUUUUCGGACUUCUCCAAGCAGAACGGGCAUGAGGCAAUCUUUAACCUGGAGUUCUCUCCAAAUGGUGAUGUCCUAGUAGCAGCUUGUGAGGAGAAUAGCAUGUUGCUGUUUGAUCCAUUGACAACCAAGCAUAUAACAGCGGUUCGCAAUGCCCACUCUGACUGUGUCAACUGCAUUAGAUUUUUGGACAGCAGGACAUUCGCUUCGGGGUCCGACGAUUCCACCAUUGCAUUGUGGGAUAUCCGCAACCUGAAACAGAAGAUCCGAUGCCUGCAGGGUCACACCAAUUGGGUCAAGAGCAUUGAGUACUGCCGGCAAACCAGACGGCUAGUCACGUCGGCAUUUGACGGCAACGUUGUAACUUGGGACAUCAAUGGCUAUGAGGAGAAAGGCACACCUCAUGAGAAAGUCUUCUAUAUCGAGUCUCUGAUGAGGACGCGGCUCACGCCCGACUGCACCAAAUUGGUCAUGUCCACGGCUCGGGGAUUCUACAUCAUCGUCCAUGACCUCAACCUUUCAACUUUGAACUCUGACCUGGCCGGGCUGGACUUUGCCCGACACUACCAAGGGGUUGGUCUCGGGGAAGAACCGAGUGAAUUUGAUGGAGAGCUCGGACUGGAGAGAAUCUGGCAGGGACGGAGGAGGGGCAGGAAUCGCGUGGAGCUGGUGUCGGAUUUCCCCGAUGGAAGUAAAGCGUCUUGCAUUUCGUCCCUGGUUGUGCAUCCUCAGGGAUGGGCUAUGAUGUCUAGAUACACCACACGAGAUAAUGAUGCCGAGUGGACAUGUGUUCAUGAUCUUCAAGAUCCUGUACCAGAAGCAUCACACGGUGACACAGUGGUGACCAGACCCCCUGCCAAACGUCUGAUGUACUACACAAAGGAACCCACAGACGGUCAGGGUUACAUUAAAGAACUCAGUGUUAGUCCUGACGGUCGUUUGAUCUGCUCCAGUUACGGUUUCGGGAUCCGACUUUUGGCGUUCGACGACAAAUCAAGUGAACUCUGCGACAUACAACCCCACACCGUGCGGGAACUGCGGCAGGUCAAGUUCCUAGUCAGACACAAGAGUACGGUGUUGACUUCGCGGUUUUCACCCACUCACUGUCUGCUAGUCUCGGGUAGCAUGUGCGGGAGGGUCGCUUUCUAUCAGCCUAAAUUAUGAAUACAGUGCCUCUUGCAUUGAAAUGUUUUCCAUUAUUAACAAAUGUUUUCCAUCUGUCUUUGAUGACACUUUUUACACGGUGCAUCCUCAGACAUGAUGCACUUUGACUUUUUUCUUUAGUGCCUGGCUUUGUAAAGUCUGGUUCACACAACUGUGAAUGUGAAUUUCUUUGCAAAUUCAAAUUUUCACUCUGCUAAUUCACAAGGUGUAAACUCUUGACAAUUUUUGCUGUGAAUUUUUUUGAUGUCAAAUUCGCUUGUGUUCACAGUGCACCCUUUCAAAAUGAGAACAUACACUCCUGACAAACAUGAAUUGUGGUAUGUGAACUGAGAUAAAAAUAAGGCAAUAAAUAUGUGCUUGGCCAAUAUCAAUAAAGUACGUUUAAAACCCGGCUAAAAAAACCCCUAACUCCAGUAGGCCUUCUAAUAUUCUCUCUCUGUUAAGCAAGAUUGGUACCAGCUAUGGCCCAUUCAGUGGAAUCCACUGGUCUCCCAUGGGUCCCAGCAUACAUAAAAUACAAUAAACGUAAACAGUCAAUAUUGAAAAUACACAUUCACAUAGAGUUACAUUAAUUUUGUCAUCAAGCAUUAGAAAAUAGGACCCUGCCAAAGAUAACAUAGGCAUUAAUUUACAUGUUAAAAACCCACAAAUAUAUGUGAAUGUAAUGAAAGAUAACAUGAUGUGACCGACAUUUUAUCUAUUCUCUUACAAAUUGUUUUCACCGGUUAACAUUUUUCCAACAAUGGGAUUGUGAAAGCACCUUUGUGCGGGCAAGGGAAUACAUCAUAUGCUUCAUUUGUAUUAAACUGAAUGAGAUGAUUUUGGUAAUUUAAUGUGUGUGCAAACAGGAGAAGGCGCUUUCUGAUCACUUUCGAGAGGCUAGAAAGUAGUGGACGGGACACACCACCUGCGUUUACUCUUUGCACUUACUGGUUCGUGCACAAAGCCAUAGCGUCUUUGCACGAGUGUCAGGCAUCAUUGUCAGUGCUUUGAAUGUCUCUCCCAGUGGCCUCCUCCAACUCUCCUUUUCUUAUCAUUGAGGGGGUACCUGUGGAGCCUGUAUCAUUAUUGUUAAGAUGCACUUUCAUCAUGAGCACAUUUGUAGACACCACACGGGAGAUUUGAUUUUGUUUUUACGUGUAUAGUAUUUAUUCAUUUGCAGGAUCAUGUUUUAUCACUGAAAUGCAUGGUUUGAAGUUUUGAAAUUUCAUGAAGUGUAGAGUGAAACAAAGGAAUUGUGCACUGUUGUGAUAAUGAAGGUAAUAGUACCAUCAGGUACCGUUUUGGAAAGAAUCAAGUAACUUGGACAAAAUAGUUACAGGUUUGUAUUUGCAUUUUAUUCAUUGCAAUCAAACCAAUCAUAAGUUGUAUGCAUAACACGCAAAUUGUUGGUUUGGGUUUUCUAUAGACAGAUUUAUAUCAAUGUUUUUAAUUAAGAUAUGUCUACUAUUACUUUGGAAAUGUAUACAUGUACUUUUAUUUUGAGAAAUUUAAAUACAACCCACAACUCAGAAUGUCAAAGACCAAGUUAUACUGAUUGAGUUUGUAGGCCUCAGUUAUCGUCGAGUCUGUGAUCAAUUAAAUAUCAAAUAAAGUGAUCAGCAAAUCAAUGUAUUUGAAGCAUUAUCUUUCUCAGUGGUUUUGGUGGUUUAAUGGUAAAACAACUAAAUAAUUGUUUUCAGUAAUUGACUUUUUUUUAUUUGAUCGAUGAUUAAAUGACUGGUUGGUUGAUUGAUUGUUUUGAUCGAUGGAUGAAUUUAUUCAAUCGAUUGAUUGAUAGAUAGAUUAACAGACGGAUUGACUGAUCAAUCAUUUAUUUGAUCAUCAGAUUUUUGAUAAUAAAUCAAUUGAUUAACGAAUUGACAAAUUGAUAAAAUGAUUUCUGAAACAAUUAUUUGA